AUGGAUGGAGCGAAUCACUCUGUGGUGUCAGAGUUUGUGUUCCUGGGACUCACCGAUUCCUGGGAGAUCCAACUUCUCCUCUUUGUGUUCUCCUCCACGUUUUAUGUGGCAAGCAUGAUGGGAAACUCCCUCAUUAUGCUCACUGUGACCUCUGACCCUCACUUACACUCCCCCAUGUACUUUCUGCUGGCCAACCUCUCCUUCAUUGACCUGGGAGUUUCUUCUGUCACUUCUCCCAAGAUGAUUUAUGAUCUUUUCAGAAAGCGUAAAGUCAUCUCCUUUGGAGGCUGCAUCGCCCAGAUCUUCUUCAUCCAUGUCAUUGGUGGUGUGGAGAUGGUGCUGCUUAUCGCCAUGGCCUUUGACAGAUACGUUGCCAUAUGUAAGCCUCUCCACUAUCUGACCAUCAUGAGCCCAAGAAUGUGCCUCUUCUUUUUAGUGGCUGCCUGGAUGACUGGCCUCAUCCACUCCAUGGUUCAACUGGCGUUUGUGGUAAACUUACCCUUCUGUGGUCCUAAUGUGUUGGACAGCUUUUACUGUGACCUUCCUCGGUUCAUCAAACUUGCCUGCACGGACACCGACCGACUAGAGUUUAUGGUCACAGCCAACAGUGGAUUCAUCUCUGUUGGCUCCUUCCUCAUACUGAUCAUUUCCUAUAUCAUCAUCAUUCUCACUGUUCAGAAACACUCUUCAGCUGGUUCAUCCAAGGCUCUGUCCACACUGUCAGCUCACAUCACUGUGGUAUUCUUGUUCUUUGGUCCUUUGAUAUUUGUCUAUACAUGGCCAUCUCCCUCCAUACACCUGGAUAAGUUUCUGGCCAUCUUUGAUGCUAUUCUCACUCCUUUCCUAAAUCCGGUCAUCUAUACAUUCAGGAACCAAGAGAUGCAGGUGGCAAUGAGAAGAGUAUGCAGACAGCUAGUGAAUUACAGGAAGAUCUCUUAA